UGAAACACACUAGAGGAGUAAAUCCCCAAGAGUCUUCUUCACACACACUCAUGGUGGAGAUGGUUCACUGAAAACUGACCCUCUGUGGACAGACUUAUUUCUCUGUGUGGAAACUAAACACAACCCGCUUCUCAAACAUGAGCAAACUUGCCAAAGCUCUGUACGACAACACCGCAGAGUGCGCAGACGAGCUGGCCUUCAGAAAAGGUGACAUUGUAAUGGUGAUGGAUCAACACGUGGCCGGCACCAGCGGCUGGUGGAUGUGCUCUUUGUAUGGACGACAUGGCCUGGCCCCUGCAAACAGACUGCAGCUCUUACCACAGACUGGAACCACUGCAGGCUCCUUAUGCCAUGUCGCACAAAACCCCAAUUUAGCUGAUGCUAAAACUGAUAACAGUAUGCAAAAUAUCUACCAGAUCCCAAGGCCCCCCAGCAAUGCAGCUUAUGAACGCAUGGACAUGAUAUACAAGGUCCCGUCCACUCCUUCAGCUACUUCAAAAAGUCCAAUGUCAGCACUUCAGCACAGCCCAGAAAAACUUGAUGGAGACAAGCCUUCAUCCUUCAAUAUUGCGUCCAGUCCAAAAGGGGAAGUCUACGAUGUCCCGAGCCAAUCAAGACGAGCUUCUCUUUUCACUGCAUCAACAACUCCUAGACAAGUGUCUCGAAAACACUCGCUGAUUGCAAGUUGCAAGUUGGAGAAGAGACUUGACUCUCUGGACAGUUUACGGUGUUGCACUCCAGGAGACGCUUAUGUGUAUGCAGUUCCACCACCAUUGCCUCAGGACCCAAACUAUGAUAUCCCUGUUCCCUCAGCCACAGAGGCCAAACAGACUGGUGGAUACAGCACCCUUCCCAACCCUCGCAAGCCUGAGUGGAUCUAUGAUGUGCCUGUGGGUCCUGAGAAACCAAGUCCACCUCAAGGCUCCUGUGACACCAUGUCCAACAAAAAUUUUUCUAGGCAGCUCUAUGACACUCUUCCAGCACGUGUGUGGCCCAUGCCAACAGGCAGUCCAACUCCCUCAGUUUAUGAUAUACCAAAAUCCAGUCCACCUAAAGUGGUCCCGAUUUAUGACAAGCCCCCAACUCAGAUGCUUACAGAGGAGUCAGGAUAUGCUGUCCCAUCUCAAGAGGAACCCUUCAGCCGAGUUCUCAGUGAUCCCCCCAGUGACCAUAUACCCCUAGAGUGCAGAGGUGACUCAAGCAAUGUUCAUGAACUCAACAAGGCAUGCCUGCACCGGAUGAGGAACUUUCUGGCCCGUACCUCUUUCCAGGAUCUUCCAGGGAAUGUGGAGUCACUGGUGCAGGAGGACAACAAGAGAGGUAUCCCACAUCUCUCAGCAGCAGACAGUCAAAGAAUCAGCACGGCCUCCAGCUCUUCCACCAGCUCCUGUGACUCUCUAGCCCUGAGCUCCUCCUCUCCAGAACCUUUGCGAGAGGUCACGCUCAGCCAAGACGAGGCCUGCCGCAAACUUCUGGAACUGCAGGAGUCCAUUUGCAGGGCCGUGCCCCAGCUCAUGGAUUUUGUCAGCAGUCACUGGAGGAGCAAACAGCAUCUGCAGAAACACCUGGAGGAGAUCAAAGAAGCAGCAGAAGGGAUUGUAUGCUCUCUGACAUGCUUCCUAAACUUUGCCCUGGACGUUAAGGGUAAUGCCCGGCGUUUGACUGAUGCCAACCUUCAGACAAGGCUCUGUAAACAGCUGUCCAUCAUAGAAGACUCAGGUGUGAUCCUACAACAAACAAUAAGUGCUCUGAACAUGGCGGGCUGGCCCCUCAACACACUGUGCCAGGACCCAGGGCAGGUCCAGACUCCUGACCAACUAGAACGCUUCGUUAUGGUGGCACGAACCAUUCCAGAGGAUGUUAAGCGCCUGGUGUCCAUCAUCAUUGCCAAUGGCAAACUUCUGUUCAAAGCUUCUCCAAAAGAGCCACAGCCUCCCAACACCACAGGUCGGCCGGAGAUAAAGAAAAAUCCUAACGGGAGCGAAGGAGGGGGCUCAGUGGAGGAUGACAAUGACUAUGUUGAGCUACAGACUAAGAAUGAAUUUGAAAAGCAACAAAAUAAAAUGCAGAGGGAACCAAAAGAAAAUGUCACACCAGUCUCUGACAAAGCACAGGCUGAAAACAAGCGUCAUUCCUCUGAGUCCAGCAGUGGCUCAGAAGAACAUCGACCAUCCCCCCGGUCAGAGCAUUGUCGACUUUACUUUGGCGCACUCCAGAAGGCCAUUGGGGGAUUUGUGGGCAGCCUUCAGGAUGGCCAGCCACCAGAAAAAUUCAUCUCACAAAGUAAGUUGGUGAUCAUGGUGGGCCAGAGACUGGUGGACAGCCUGUGCAGGGCUGCCCAGCAUCAAGAGUCCAGUCAGAGCCUCCUGUGUAAGAGCAACCACCUGUGUGCUCUCUUGAAGCAGCUGGCUGUGGCCACCAAGAAGGCGGCGGUGCACUUCCCAGACAAGAAAGCUCUGCACGAGGCUGAAGAGUUUGCUAAAGAACUGGCCCAAAGAGCGCAGCACUUUCGGAAAUCGCUUGACCUCUAAGAUGCUGGUUUAUUCAUCAGUCAGUUAGCUUUCUAUUUCUUUGUUCAUUCAUUUCAUAUUCAACUGCUAUGAAGUUCACUAACCAAAAAGGUCAUUGCUUUUAGCGGAAUGUUGUCAUCAUAACGAAUGCAGCUGCAGGUUAACAUGCUAAUGCUGUUAGAAAAAGUGGCAGGAGCAAGUGGAACAAUUCAAACAUGGGGCUGUAUUUAUACUAAAAUAAAAGACUUUUACGUAGUGGAGUUCCAAAAUGAAUUGCACAUUUACAAUACUGUAUUCAAGCCUAUUUUAACAUACAUUUUAAAUAUUAAGUAUGAAAUAUAAUUUGUGUCAUAUAAUUCUCAAUUAUUUUAUAUUCUUUGAAUAUUGUUUAUGUGGAUGUUUUAAGUAUUUUAUUACUUUAUUGUGUAAAAGGAUCGUUCUCCAGGGUAGCAGUUUGACACAGUCUAUACUUUUUGUGAAUAUUGAUGUAAAUAUUCUAAAAAAAUGUGCAUUCCCAAAGUUUUCUGUUGCUUUUUUUUAUUGAUCUUAAAAUUAAAAAAUGA